UUUUCACCUCUCUGGUUGCUCAACAGUUCAGCGAAGUCUGAGUCGGUGGAUGGGUGUCUGACCUGAACUUGGAGUGGGUAAUUCCAGAAAGUUUUCUGGAGUGUGGCAGAAGCCAGAAACUUUGCAACAAACCGCCGAGGGGUGGGAUUAACGUCCGAAGCUCACACCGGCUUCAACUGAUUGGCAGGAAUGAAGUGGGUGGAACCUCCUGACCCUGCCCUCCUGCUUCCGUUGCUAGGGACGCCUCGGCCCAGGAUACCACCAUGGGUCAGGAAGAGGGUCUGAAGGCCUUGGACAAUAUUGUCACUCAGUUCAACACCUAUGAAGAUUUCCUGGACUCGCAGAUCACUACUGUGGACUUGUACUACCUGGAGGAUGAAACCCUGGCCCGCCAGUUGGUGGAGCUAGGCUACCGAGGGACUGGAGAGAGAGUGAAAAGGGAAGACUUCGAAGCAAGGAAAGCAGCUAUAGAGAUUUCAAGGCUGGCUGAAAGAGCUCAGCAAAAGACACUAACAAGUGCUGGUAAAGACCUACAAGAUAAUUUUCUGAUGGCCCUGGCAAUGAGAGAAGAAGACAAUCGCAAUGGAAAACUGAAUGUAAGUACAUUUCACCUAAUAGCUUAAAAUGUAUACACUAAAGGCACAAUUAACAUUAAAAAUAUAACAUUAAAUAUCUUUCUUAAAGUAAUUUGUAAGAUGUAAAAUAUGGUUCCUCUUUAUUAAUUAUAUAUUAUAGGAAUAAAUAUUAAAAGUCAAAAAUUCUCGUUUACAUCUCUAGAAGUAGCCAAAUGGUUAAAAAGAAAAAGAUUCUAAACAUUCAUUGCAAGGAAAAUGCCUUUGCAUGGCAGAAUGGUUCUUUAACCUAGGUAAAGCCUCCACCUUCUUUUAAACUUAACCUUUUUACACUCUCUCAAGUUGCAUCACCAACUGACCCCAAGUUUUGUCCCCUGAUUUUACGUGACUCCUAGAAUAUAGUACCAUAGUC